AUGUCGGAUUACCAGGCCACGGGCGAAAACAGAACGAUUUUCCAGCGGAAAAACAAAGCCAUCUCGUUAGCUUUGAAAAUCGCCGUUCUAGUGAUUCUCACUUUGGUGUCACUGACCGUUUACAAGCUCGGCUUCGACUCCGAAAAUGAGGUCAUCUGUACCGAGUGUGACUCCUACGGGGCUUUGGAACCCGCGUUCACUUCUUCGCUAGAUAAAAUUCUAUACAACCGCGAGUACAAACAGUCCAUUAUCGACAAACUGGCGGGUGCUAUUCAGAUUCCAACCGAAAUAUUCGACGACUCGCCUGAGCCAUCGCCUGACGUGCAACUGUGGCAAAACUUCCAAAAGUUGCACGAUUAUCUGGAACAGCAAUUCCCUGAGUUGUAUGCCGAGGUCGAUGUGGAAAAGGUGGGAGGGUAUGGACUUCUGUACACCUGGAAGGGCCUUAACAGCACUCUAAAACCGCUAGUUUUGAUGGCUCACCAAGACGUGGUUCCCGUAGAGCCUAGCACAGUUGAUUUGUGGACACACCCACCAUUCAGUGGCUUUUACAACGAGACCGAAGAUCUCAUAUAUGGACGCGGGGCUUGCGACACCAAACCACUGGUUAUCUCCCACCUGGAAGCUGUCGAGUUGCUGAUCAAGGACGGGUUCAAACCGCAAAGAACUGUCCUCAUUUCACUAGGUUGUGACGAAGAGGCUGCAGGAGCCUGUGCAGCGAAGCUCGCCGAACACAUUGAGAAGAAAUAUGGCCGUGACAGCGUGUAUGCUAUUUUAGAUGAGGGUGGGGGCGUUUUAGAAGAGAACGGCUCUUAUUUCGCGCUUCCGAUGACGGCCGAAAAAGGUUACUUGGAUGCCGAAAUCACUUUAUUUACUCCAGGCGGGCAUUCCUCAGUGCCACCGGACCACACAUCCAUCGGGAUUCUCAGCGAGUUCAUGGUGGAUCUGGAAAAGGAUAUUUAUGAAACACAUGUCGGCGAACAUAAUCCAGCAUUGGACAUGUUGAAAUGUCUCACGAAAUUUGGAGCUAUCAAGAAUAAGGAUCUUGAACGCCAUCUUUUGAACUCUGCCUCCAAGAAAAAGCUGGCUGAAGCUUUAGACGCCGAACCCGUCUACAAAUAUCUGUUCAAAACGUCUCAGGCUCUUGAUAUCAUCUCCGGAGGUAUAAAGGCGAACGCCCUCCCAGAGUCUGUCUCUGUCCUGCUGAACAACCGAAUUGAUAUUCAGUCCUCUGUGAAUGAAACGGCGGAACGGAUUUUGGGGCAUAUCAGGGCCACAGCGGACAAAUUUGAUCUAGGCAUUGAAAUUAUGAUUGGGCGUGACGCCAAAGAAGGGGAAGUACAGGUGAUCAAACCUACGACCCCCAAUGGCCACUUCAUAUUCAAGUUGAUGGAUCCAUUGGAGCCGGCACCCGUUUCCCCCACUUUAGGAAGUGAGAUUUGGAAAAUUUUAGCCGGGACAACAGUUAGUACAUAUAAAACCAAGGCUUUUGGCGGUAAACAUUCCGAUGUCUACCUGACUCCAGGAAUGGGUGGGGGAAACACUGACACCAAAUCGUACUGGAAUCUGACUAAAAACAUCUACAGGUAUGGUGGAGCAUUAGCACUCCCUGGCUCUAAUGAACACACAGUCGACGAGAAGAACUCAGGAGCUUCGCUCGUUUCGGGCGUUGCUUUUAUGUAUCAAUUUAUCCCCAACGUGGACAUCUACAGCACCGAAGCUUAA